AUGCCCGUCGACGACGAGACGAGGCAAGUGAACAUCAGGCUGUCAUCUCUGACGCCAGACAAGCAAGAGCGAAGGCUUGAUGAAAUAAAAGCUAAGAUCCUUCAAGUGUGUGGGUCAAGACCAUUUGGGCAUGGCAAGACAGAUUCAGAGUGCGAACAUGAUGCUCGCAACUGCUCUAGGACGUGUUGCAAGGUUUCCGGUACCUGCAGCAAGCAGAGCAGCACAAUCGAGGAGCAGGAGCUGCUCAACAACUACAGGAUCGUAGAAUUGUUGCACAGAGGAUUCCACUCGCGCGAGCACUCGCUGUGGACGGCAGAGGACAUGAAGUCAGACGCGUCCGCGAGCAUCAUAUGGCACGGGAACCAGUUCAUGGGGAUGGAAUCUGAUUUUAUUGAGCACUUCCUGGGAGGACUUUAUAGAUCUUCUAUCAAUGACACGAACUUCAAUACCUUCGCUCCCAACGCAAUCAUCGUAGUGCAGCAGGAGACUUUUCCGGUUGUUGGCAAGCGAGAGUUUUGGGAGCCAUUCGCAAUGGAGUUUUCUGUAUCAGUGUUUCUUACAAGUGACGAGAAGUAUCUGGCGCCCUUCGAUUGGGUCGACGACGUUGACCUCUACCUCCGAAACUGCUGGCAUCCAGCGCUGGAGGAGAUGAGAGAAAAAGUUGUCGCCCUUCCGUUCGGCUUCAAGUCAGGGUUCUACCUCCCGGGAAUCUUGGGUAGGAAGUUUGUUUGGAACUUCAUUGGGAAUGCGAACUGCUCGACGUCACGUGAGAAGCUGGUGGAGGAGAUCUUCAAGCAUGGAAAACCCCGCGAGCUCCAGGGGUUUUUGCAUCUCACCCACACCUUCGACGACCCUUUUCACGGCCUCGGAGUGCAGCAGUACCGGAGAGUCUUGGAGGAUAGCGCCUUCACCUUCUGCCCCGAGGGAGUGCACGUGGAGAGCUACAGACUGACGGAGGCGAUCGAGAGCGGGUCAGUCCCGAUAGUGACAUGCAACUACUACUUCGACGGUCUCUUUGGAGAUGCGCACGUCUUGCCGUGCGUCAACGACUGGUGA